AUGGAGCCAGGAGACCAUGAGGAAGCUGAUGAAGCUGUCCAGGCAAGACAGAAGGACUUGCAGUCACCACAGAAGAAACAGAAAGAAAUGAAGGGAUUCAGGAUCACUUUGAGAGAGAAGAAAGGGACAGGAAAAACAGUGAGAACUCAUAGCUUCAAAGGCCAAAAGGAAAGGUUGGCUUUAGUGGAUACAGCAUGUCCCUGGCAUGAACAAAGGAGAUCCGACAAGCUGCAACCUGAAUAUAAUAGCGAUUCAGAAAUGCUCGGUGCACAAGACAUCUGUUAUUUGUUGAAAGAAGAAAUGAAGAAUGAACAGAAGAAGAAUGCAAAAGCAAAGCUGUUAGAGCUCCUGAUCAUUAAUCCUGAAGCUAUGCUCUCCAUCGCAGAGGAGACUGUUCAACAUGGGAGGGAGCAAAGUGCUCUUCUUGGACUUAAAGCUUUGUCUCAGUACCCAUUUAUAAUUGAUGCACACCUUUCAAACAUAUUAAGUGAAGUGACUGCUGUGUUUACAGAUAAAGAUGCUAAUGUACGAUUAGCAGCAGUUCAACUUCUUCAAUUCCUGGCCCCCAAAAUACAAGCUGAACAAAUUUCUCCAUUUUUUCCUUUGGUAAGUGCCCAUCUCUCUAGUGCCAUGACUCACAUUACUGAAGGAAUUCAGGAGGACUCUUUAAAAGUUUUGGACAUUCUGCUGGAACAGUACCCAGCCUUAUUUACUGGCCGUAGCAGUAUAUUGCUUAAGAAUUUUGUAGAACUUAUUUCUCAUCAACAGCUGUCUAAAGGACUAAUAAAUAGAGACAGAUCCCAGUCCUGGAUACUUUCUGUAAAUCCUAAUCGGAGACUCACUUCUCAGCAAUGGAGGCUGAAAGUCUUAGUGAGACUCAGUAAAUUCCUUCAGGCCUUGGCAGAUGGAUCCAGUAGGUUGAGAGAAAGUGAAGGACUUCAGGAACAAAAAGAAAAUCCCCAUGCCACUAGCAACUCCAUUUUUAUCAACUGGAAGGAACAUGCCAACGACCAGCAGCACAUCCAGGUUUAUGAAAAUGGGGGUUCACAGCCAAAUGUCAGUUCACAGUUCAGGCUACGGUACCUGGUUGGAGGACUAGGCAGUGUGGAUGAAGGCCUCUCAUCUACUGAAAACUUGAAAGAAUUUAUUGAGAUAAUAAUUCCAUUGCUGAUUGAAUGCUGGAUUGAAGCUGUGCCUCCACAACUAGCUGCUUCUAUUGGAAAUGGUAUAGAGCAAGAACCUCUGCAGGUUAUGCAGCAAGUUCUUAAUAUUAUUUCCCUUCUGUGGAAACUCUCUAAACAACAUGAUGAAACUCAUAAAUUGGAGUCGUUGCUUCGAAAGAAUUAUCUUCUUGAUUUCAAACACCAUUUUAUGAGUCACUUUCCAUAUGCCUUAAAAGAAAUAACCAUGCACAAAAGGAAAGAGGCAUUUAGCAUAGUAUUAGCUGUACAUUUUUUGUAA